GAUGUAUAAUGAAAGAUGAUGAAGUGAAACAGAUGAAUGACCCUCUGGGCUUUUUAUAGAUCUCAGUCAUUGUUUUACCCUUAUGUCAUGUUCCCAAUAUAACUCCGUCUGCUUUCUUAUCAUGGAGAGGAUAAUGCCAUCACCCACCAUUAUAUGGACACCCAGGAUUUGUUGUUGCUGAGCUCACCGGUGGGUUUCUUUUUUCUUCAGACUGUGCUAAAUUGUUGAUUUGGUCACUACAAAUACUCCUCUUAUCUGACUGAUGGAUUUGUUGAGUUUUUGAAACCUAAAUAUCACUUGCAUGGAGAUCUCCCUGAACCACAUGAUGUGGAUUCACAGCUUCCAAAUGCCACACUUCAAUCAACUCUGUUUUGGUACCACUGCUGGCCACUAGAGGACGCUGUUACGUCGUGACGUAAGGAAUAUCAUCUGGGUCCAAGCCUUCACUUGGUUCAAAUGAGACUUCAAUCUCCGUUUAUAAACGAGGUGAGCUUGACAUUUUCACAGCAUGCAGAGGAGCUCAGUGUGUAUUAAGGGUCAGGCUCGAUGGUAAUGAAUUUGCUUUGAACUCUGCCCCCUUUGCUCUUCCCAAACUUAAUUGAAAAGGUUACAACACUUUGAUGUGAAGCUUCUGUCAUCAGGUAAUUUUCACUAUGACAUCGCUCGUGCACACCCUUCGGGACCACCUAGAUGACGUCAACGGCUGCACGCUCUCGCAGAGUUUGCUGGCCACGUGCUCCGGAGACAAGACCGUGCGCGUGUACUCAUUAGAGGAUUUCAGUGAGCUGCGUUUUUCUCCUCUCACCGGUCAUGGUUACGCGGUGCACGGUUGCUGUUUCAGCGCAUGCGGCAGAUUCCUCGCGUCCUGCUCCACGGACGCACUCACUAAAGUCUGGAGCACGUCCACAGGUGCGGAAGUAGCCGCGCUGCAGCACCCGGCGCGCAGUCCGGUGCGCGUUUGCGCAUUUUCACCUGACGCGCGGCACCUGCUCUCGGGCGCGUCCGAUGGCACUGUUGCGCUCUGGCACGUGCCAUCAAAGACCCUACAGAGAUGUUCUAGAGUCAGCGAGGGAACGGUUCUGGCCUGCUGUUUCUCUCCGUGUGAUCAGAUGUUUGUCACAGGAUCCACACUGGGAGAACUUCACCUGUGGACUCUCACUAUGAACUCUCUACACAUUCAGAAAGUUGCUCAUGAUUUAGGGGUCAACUGCUGCCAGUUCUCUCCAAAGAUCUGCACGGAUGGUCCGGCAGUGAAGUUUCGAUUGGUGUCUGGUGGGCAGGAUAGUCAGCUGAGAGUAUGGAUUAUUACCCAGCAUGCAUCAGCAGCAGGUUAUGAGAUGACACUGAUGUUUACACUCUCUGCUCAAUCUGCACCUAUCCUGUCAUGUGCCGUCUCAUUUGACGGACAGCUGCUCAUCUCUGGGUCUGUGGAUAAAACAGUAACUGUGUAUAACAUGGAUCGAGGAGAGCUUUUACACACUUUAACACAUCAUGACAGAUAUGUGACCACGUGUGCGUUCUCUCCCUCCAUGCUGAUGUUUGCCUCUGGCUCUAUGGAUAAGACGGUGAAUAUCUGGAGAAUUGAAGAUGAGAAUUCUCAACCAUCAUCUCUGCAGACAACAGGACCAGGAAGGAAGUCUGUGUGUUACUCCAGAAUGCUGGUCAGUGAUUGGUCAGAAGAUGAUGUGUGUGACUGGCUUCAGGAUGAAGGAUUAGAAGCUCUGGUGGACACUUUUAGGGCUCAGAACAUUGAUGGGCCUGAACUCAUCACCUUAAAUAAAGAGACACUGGACAAUCAUUUUAACAUUGACUCAGUGGGUCUGCGUGGUAAAGUCCUGAGGAAAAUUAAUGGCUUAAGAUCUGAACUCAUGGACUCUGAUGUCCCCAAUCAUUUUCUCUGUCCAAUCACCAGAGAGCUCAUGAAGGACCCUGUCAUCGCUGCAGAUGGAUAUUCCUAUGAGAGAGAUGCUAUUGAGACCUGGAUCAAUACUCCAAAUCACUUGAGUCCUGUGUAUAACCUGCCUUUAAAAACCACCCUACUGAUUCCUAACAGAAGCCUGAAGACGGCCAUACAGUGCUAUAAAGCCAACCACCCUAGUUUUGACAAUAUAUUGUUCAACUGACCUGCUGCUUCGUUUGGCCCGGGCUCGAGCGUAGUAAGCCUCAUACGAUUUGGGUUUGAGCUCCAGAGCCUUGGUUGCGAACUCCUCAGCCAUGCCAAAGUCCUACAGC